AUGGAAGGUAAGGGGAGCUACGAGGGGGACUCCGGCAAGCUCUUGGCGACGGAACUGAGACUCGGCUUGCCUGGAACGGUUGAUGACGAGCCCUUGAAGCCGAUGGCGUCGACCAAUAGGGGUGGCAAGAGAACGCUGUCUGAGGUGGACGAGGAGAGCGGGUCCUGGGGAGACGGUACUGACGCUGGCGGCGCAGAGAGCGGGCAAGAUAUCGCACCUGCAACCAAGUAAGCGCUCGUGGACAACCUGAUCCUUUCUGGACAAGGAGAAAUGGAUCAUUUUAAAUUUUUGUUCAGAUUUGCGAGUCUGAUUUCGAGGUCAUACGUUCAUGAGUCCAAUUUAUGUUUGCAGGACACAGGUGGUGGGGUGGCCUCCAAUUCGAUCCUACAGGAAGAACUGUCUUCCUGGGAGGAACACGGAGAACGAGGCCCCUGGUCUCUACGUGAAGGUGAGGAUGGACGGAGCCCCUUACCUGAGGAAGAUCGACCUGAAAGCCUACAAGGGCUACAAGGAUUUUCGCGAAGCCAUGGAAGGCAUGUUCAGGUGCGUCCUCGGGGGGUUCUACGGUGCAGAAGGGAAGACAAGCUUGGAACGCGACGUCAUCAUUUAUGAAGACAAGGACGGAGACUGGAUGCUGGCAGGAGAUGUUCCAUGGGAGUAAGCACGUCAGCAAAUCACUCACUUUCCUUUUUCUGAUGAUACUAGGGAGGCUAACGAUGAUCGGGAUAUACUCUGCAGGAUGUUCACAUCUUCGUGUAAGAGGCUGAGGAUAAUGAAAUGGUCCGAGGCUAGAGGGCUGCGUUUAUAG